AUGGUCAAAUUUGACUCGGCUACAGUUGUUCAACAAAAAUUAAGGGCCGAGUUUGGAAUAAAUACACCAGGUUUAACAUGUAUUAAAGAUACAUUUGAACGGUUUUGUGAGACCGGUACAGUGGAAGAUCGAGAACGGUCUGGACGACCUUCAAGCAUUUCAGAAGAAACCAUCGACAAAGUUAGUGAUGCUCUGAAAGAUAAACCACAAUCCAGUGUUCGAUCUGUUGCAACAGACUGUUCUAUUCCACCAACAGCAACACAUCGAAUCAUGACUGAAUAUCUAGCAUUAAAGCCUUAUAAGGCGCAGUUUGUACAACAACUUUAUGAAGAAGAUUUACAAGAUAGGGUUGAAAUGUACAUUAAAGUAUUAAAUAGAAAACUGGCCAUUAGUUAUGGGGCACCCGUUAUGUAUAUGGUUACUAUUUAUCGUAAUUAUUCAAACAUCAAGCCAUAG